AUGUCCAAUGACGUCACUAGCACGUCCCACUGGCAAUGCUCGACUACUUUUUACUUCUCUGACGGCCGUAACGAGACUGUACUGUGUACGGCGGGACAGUGGAUGUACACACCUGUACACAACGAGUGGAACAUCGUCAGCCAGUUUGAUCUCGUCUGCUCCGAUGCUUACCUUGUCGACCUGGCUACCACCAUUUAUUUCAGUGGCGUCACCAUUGGUAGUCUGGUGUUUGGUGAUUUAGCUGACCGGUACGGCCGUCUUCCCGUCAUGCUCUUCACCCUCUACACGUCAUCGGUCCUGGGGGUCAUCAUCGCCUUCUCCGUCAACUACACCAUGUUCGUGGUGCUGAGGUUCUUACAGGGGCUAUUGAUGCAGAUACCAGUCCCUGACGAAGAAUGGGAACUAGUGAAAAAGGAAACGAACACAUCAAUGGACGGACAAGUGCGACAGUGUAACCUGACUGACUUGGUCCGCAAUGGACAAAUGAGACAAAGAUCUCUCAUUCUCUUCUACGUUUGUCUCCAUGACAACGUCUAUCUACUCUUCUGUAUUGGAGGUGUGUUCGAAACGUCAGUGUACUUGCUAAAUUUGCCCAUGAUGAAUAGAUUUGGUCGUAAAAAGCCCCUUAUGGCAACUAUGAUAGUAGCAGGUGUGGCGUUUAUAGCGACAGGAUUUUUGAACGAUUUUUUAUCUGACAACAGUUACGUGAAGGUUGCCAUGGCAAUGGUGGCACUGUGUGCAGCGUGUAGCCAGUAUGCCAUGAUCUUUGUGUACACGUCAGAGAUCUACCCCACAGUUAUGAGGUAA